UUUGGGUUUGACAUGACAACCGCAAUUCAAAGAAAAUAACCUUUUUUCCUCAUUUCAAUUUUUCUGAGAACAUAAAUCAAACCUAUUUAUUUUCAAUGUUUUCAUACUUUUUUUUCACAGGUUUUGAAGCAAAUUUUUAAUGACACAAUUCAAAGAAGACGUCUCUAUUUAUAAAAUAAUCUCAAUUUUGGGAGGAUGUUUUCAAAACAGAGCAAUAGUAAAUUUAGCAAAACAUACCCCAUCUGAUCGGAUGUUAGUUGUGAAACGUUAUCAGCUGGAAAAAAUUCGUGAUAGUAAUUGCUUAGACUUAGUAGAGAGGGAAAUUAUUCUAACACGUCAAUUGCAACAUCCAAAUAUUAUUAGUCUUCAUACAGCUUUUGUUUACGGACCUGAAAUAUUUGUGAUAAGUCCCUUACAAGCUUAUGGUUCCUGCAAGUCUUUAUUGAAUUCAAAUUUCAACGAAGGUUUACCAGAGUUAGCUGUAAUUUUGAUAUUACGAGAUGUAACUGAAGGUCUAAAUUAUCUUCACAAGACUGGAUAUAUACAUAGAGCCAUACGAGCUAGUCAUAUUCUUAUAUCUGCCAAAGGAAAAGCAUGCUUGAGUGGGCUACGCUAUGCCUGUUCUAUCGUAAAUAAUGGGAAAUGGCAGAAAGCUAUACAUUCAUUUCCAUUAACCACUCAGUCGAAUCUCAAUUGGUUGAGUCCUGAGUUAUUAGAACAAAAUUUGAAAGGUUACAAUGAAAAAUCUGAUAUCUAUAGUUUGGGAAUGGUGUGCUGUGAAUUGGCAAAUGGUAGAGAACCAUUUGCAGAAUAUGAUUCUACACUCAUGCUUGUAGAAAAAGUCAGAGGUUGUGCCCCUAGUUUGUUAGAUCGCAGCACUCUCUUUUCCAAUAGUGAAGAUCGUGAGUGUCAAGGUGAUUGUGAUGUUCCAGUAAGCUGGUCUAAAAGACGAUUCAAUUCAUAUCUUCAUGAAUUCUGCUAUAUUUGUUUAGAGAGGGAAUCGUCAAUCAGACCAACUGCUGCUCAAUUAUUAUCUCAUCCUGUUUUUAAAUUGAUAAAGAAAGGACCGUCUUUACCUGAAUUAUUGAAACCUGCUCUACCUUUAAGUGACAAGGUAGCAUUCAAUGGAGAAGAAGUCGCCAACAUGGACCAAAUAGAGAAAUUUGCUGAUAUGGACAUGUCUCUGUAUGAUUGGGAUUUCUCUAUGAAUCAGAAUGAUUGAGGUUACAAAUAAUGAUCUCUCAAGACAUCACUAGUUUUGAAAUUGAUGAUAAUGAAACUUAAGAGAUACACAUUUUUGAGAUAAAAACUUUAUUGUGAAAUUGUUGUAAAUAAAAUAAAAAAUGUUCAAUAUUA